UUUCCUGCUGGCUGCUGUGUGGUGAGUUCCGGAAACCUCAGGGCCCACAGACUUCCCCUAGUGGGGCACCCGCCCAGGCUUCAUCCUCUGCGGGCAGCCACGCCCACUGGGGGAAGCUGAGACUGGAAAGCCUUUCCUUGAGGCUAGCACACCUUGCUGUACCUCACCUGUCCCUUCCAGUCCCCUGACUGGCCAGCUCCAUCUGAAACCGGAGUUACCAGAGGAAGGACAAGAAUAACACACACAGUCCUUGGAAAUACCGCGUCACUGUGGCUGUUCUCUGUGCACCCCAGUGGGCCUUGUAGAGGAGGCUGGCCCUGUGGCGAUGGGAGAGAAGGGUCACCCAAGUCGGGUACUGUUGGAAUGCAGUCUCAGUGACAAGCUGUGUGUUGUUCGGGAGCAACAGUAUGAAGUAAUCAUUGUUCCAGCUCUCCUGGUUGGUGGCUUCCUCAUCCUUCUUGCAAUCAUCCUGUGGCUUUUCAUUAGAGGACAGAGAUCCCAAAGGCAGCGCCCUGGACCCAAGGGUACGGCCUCUGUACCUGCAUCUAGGGACCUAAGCCAGGAGGCAGCGGGUCAAGGAGAAAAAGUGCUCCUACCACUUAAGGAGACCUCCUCUGUGGAGAGCUUUCUACGAGCAGCCACACCUCCCUUGGCUAAGCUUCAGCUGCCCAGGGAACAACUCUCAGAUGUUCUGGAAAAGAUCUACGAUGGCAGUUGUGGGACCCUCUAUCAUGCCAUGAUGAACACCAGAGAUGACCCUAAGCCAAAGAGUGUUGUCCUCAAGGUUUUAGAAGAACCUACUGGACUCCAGGAGGUCCAGGAUUUCAUAGGGCGAAUCCAAUUCUAUCAGUACCUGGGGAAACACAGGAACCUGGUGCAGCUGGAAGGAUGCUGCACGGAAAGGAUGCCACUGUACAUGGUGCUGGAGGAUGUGGUCCCCGGAGACCUGCUGAGCUUUCUCUGGACCUGUCGCAGGGAUGUGAUGACCACAUAUGGCCUGCUUUACGAUCUCACAGAAAAACAAAUAUAUCACAUUGGAAAGCAGGUCCUUCUGGCCCUGGAAUUCUUGCAGAAUAAGAACCUGUUUCAUGGGGAUGUAGCCGCCAGGAACAUCCUGAUCCAAAGUGACCUGACUGUUAAACUCUGCCGAUUGGGCCUGGCUUAUGAAGUCCAUACCCAAGGAGCCAUCUCCUCUGCUCGCACCAGUGCUGUCCCUCUCAAGUGGCUUGCUCCAGAACGGCUUCUCCUGAGACCCGCAAGCAUCAGAGGAGAUGUCUGGUCCUUUGGGGUCCUGCUUUAUGAGAUGGUGACUCUAGGGGCGCCACCAUACCCGGAAAUCCCUCCCACUAGCAUUCUACAGUAUCUUCAGAGAGGGAAAAUCAUGAAGAGACCCAGCAGCUGCACACAUGCCAUGUAUAACAUCAUGAAAUGCUGCUGGCACUGGAGUGAGAACCGUCGUCCCUUACCUGGAGAGCUGCGCUUGCGCCUAGAAGCUGCCUCUAGAUCUGCAAAUGACCAGGCCGUGCUGCAAGUGCCAGAGUUAGUGGUGCCUGAACUGUAUGCAGAUGUGGCUGGCAUCAGUGCAGAGAGCCUUUCCUACAGCUACACUGUCCUUUGAAGAUGCCCUGGGGCAAGUGCCUAUAUGUGCUUGCCUAUAUGUGUUCCUCCAAGAACAGAGGGAAGGAAAUGUCUAUGGGACACAAAGGGAGAAAAAACAUAUGGAUCCCACAUUUUCCUAGAAAUAUGAAAUGCUGCUGGAUGAGGCUCUACCUCUACACAUCAUGUACUUUUGAACUAAGACUCAUCAUCAGUCUGUCUGCUUCCCAGUCCCAAGGGCCUGGGUACAAGUGCCAGACAGUGUCAUUCUAAAGGAGAUUUAAAUAUCUGCUAUGAUUGUUGGGGAUAUGGCAAAAGGGCUGGCCCCACCCACCCCAGGCGGGUUUACUACUAAAAAGGUGUUUUAAUAUAAAUAUUAUAGAGUAUUAUUAAAUCAGAUGGUACAAAUGAAUAGGAACCCAACACAGGGAUUCUUGAGAAAGAAAAUUCAAGGUUCCUUUUCCUGAGAAGUAUAAGGUAAAUCAAGAAGAGAUCUUUUCUCCUUCAAGAAGAGAUCUUGUAUCUUCUACAUUGAGAGGAUGUAAAAGUUGUUCAGUCCUGGUCCCUUCAUGAAGAAUUAGAGAAAAAUCAUAAGAAAAAAUACCGAGUUUUUCCUUGACUAUAGAUUGGAUUUUUUUUUUUUUUUUACUGAAUUCUGAGACAGGUGGACCCUGUCUGAAACUAUGUUUAAUUAGAAAUAGGAGUCAUUUCAUGGUUAAGAAUGUUGUUCAUCACAUUUGCUAGCUAGUCCCGAUAGAUGAAGGAGAAUAAAUCUAAAGAACCAAAGUUAGAAGUGUGUGUGUGUGUGUGUGUGUGUGUGUGUGUGUGAG